AUGUCCGCUUCACCCCUCAAGCCCACCCCCAUCCUCCUCCUCCUCCUCCUCCUCACCUUCUCUCUCGUCGUCCCGCCGGCGCUCUCCGUCGCGCCCGAGGAGUGCACCGAAGAAUCCGGCGACUGCGUCAACAAGGCCAAGGCCCUGCCCCUCAAGAUCAUCGCCAUCUUCUCCAUCCUCAUCACAAGUGUGAUCGGUGUCUGCUCCCCGCUGCUCACCCGCUCGAUCCCGGCCCUCCAUCCCGACCGCGACCUCUUCUCCAUCGUCAAGUGCUUCGCGGCGGGCAUCAUCCUCGCCACCGGGUUCAUGCACGUGCUGCCCGACUCCUUCGAUAUGCUGUCCUCACAGUGCUUGGAGGAGAACCCUUGGCACAAGUUCCCGUUCACGGGUUUCGUCGCCAUGCUGAGUGCACUCGUAACUCUGAUGGUGGACUCGAUGUCGACGAGUGUGUAUAGCCAGCGGAACAACGUAGGCGCCAUUCCCGAUAGCGAGAGCGGCAAGGGCCGUGACGGUGACCGGGAGAUGGUCACGGUGACCGCGGCACAUUCGCAAAGCCACGGCCACCACCACGGGGAGGCGGCGAGUUCUCAGCUGGUUCGAUACCGGGUAGUUGCAAUGGUGCUGGAGCUAGGAAUAGUGGUACACUCAGUGGUGAUAGGGCUUGGAAUGGGAGCCUCAAGCAAUGUGUGCACCAUCAGAGGCCUUGUGGCUGCUCUUUGCUUCCAUCAAAUGUUUGAAGGCAUGGGUCUUGGUGGUUGCAUUCUUCAGGCAGAGUACAAGUGGCCAAAGAAGCUGGUGUUGGCGUUCUUCUUCGCAGUGACGACCCCUUUGGGGAUUGCCCUAGGGAUCGCGCUGUCGAGUAGUUACCGGGAGAACAGCCCGCAUGCGCUCAUCACAGUUGGCCUGCUCAACGCGUCAUCCGCGGGACUCCUGAUCUACAUGGCCCUGGUCGACCUACUUGCCGCCGACUUCAUGGGUCCAAAGAUGCAGCGCAGCAUCAAGCUCCAGGUCAAGGCCUAUGCCGCCGUGUUCCUGGGUGCCGGUGGCAUGUCUCUCCUGGCCAAAUGGGCUUGA